AUGAACCUUCUUAGAAAUGAGAAAAAGUAUGGUGAAGAGGAUCCUCCAGAGCAAGUUCCUUUUCAUGUAAGCCAUGCCAUCAUUUACGGUGGUUCGAUAAUCGUUCCAGACGAGAGGAGUUCAAGUCAUAUUUAUGCACAUGGUUGCUAUGGAUGCUUUUUGAAUGAACGAGCAGAGAGGAUUAAUCAUAGGCUUCUGCCAGAGGUACAAGAGAAUAAUGAGGUAGUGAAACGGCUCAAAGACGCAGAAGGAACAUGGAAAGAUAGGAGGCCGGUUCAUGAGCGACUCUAUCUUAGCCCUGAGGAGACUGCCUUCUUGUCUAUUGACGUUAAUGUGUUGAAAGUAUCCGAGAACAAGAAAGAGCUCUCAUUGGAUGAGUUGUGGUUGCGAUUGAAAGAUCUUGGCGGUCCUUCAUUCUUGAAGAAAUAUGUCCUCUAUCGAUAUCUCCGGAAUAAUGGAUGGUGUGUGCGUUCUGGGCUGCCCUACGGUUGUGAAUAUCUCAUCUACCAAGGAAGUCCCAUAUCUCAUCACGCUGCAGCAGGAGUGAAGAUGGAAUCCCAGAUCGAUGGUCACACUCUGAUUGGCUUCAAUCGGGAGCUGACCAAUAUGAAAAAGGCGCUUAUAAUUGUGACACCUCUAGUACCAGAGGGCUUGGACACAGAUAACUACAAAAGCGCCGACUCCGUCGAUCUUUCGAUGUCUACAUCAGUAACUAUGUUUGUGGAGCGAAAAAUGAACGAUAUAAAGAAAAAAGAAAUAGAAGAAUUCAAACGUAACCUCAAACGAAAAGCGGACGAAUGA